AUGCAUGUUGUGAGUGAAAUUCAGCGGCGCCCAAACAAAGCGCGCCUCAAGUCCGAGAAAUACAUUGUGCACUUCUAUUCUCUCUGUACACUCGUUCAACUCGUGUGUUUAAUAGUUUUUGUGACUCAAUUUGACAUGGCCUCGAACCGUACCUUCACAAGCUCCCUGUGGGUCGAAAACCCGUUCGAGUUGGCACCGUCGCUUGUUUGGUUGUCAAAAAGAUGCAGCCACAGCGUACAGAAUGAGAGAGUGUUCGCCUUCACCGGCGUGUCGGUGAAUAUCUCCGAUAAAGUCGUUGGAGUGAUGUUUGCAGCCCUCGCUACGGAAAUGCAUGCGACGUUCUUCCUGGCUGUCACUGCGCUUCUUGUUGGUGCCAUCAACCGCUAUGCUGUCAAGGCGAACUUUUUUGAGUUUAAGUGGCGUAACUUCAACGUGCGGAAGGACUGUUUCUUCGCAACAGAAAUUGUUCUUAUCUCUGCCCUGCUCCAUUCCGUCUUACUGGCGGAAGACACACAUAGAAUGCUCCAUGAUUACCUUGAUCACUGCAACACGAGGUCCAGGGGCUUCUUGCCAUACUGCUCCACAGUGCCAAUGAUUAUUUUCAUUACGUUUGCCUUUGCUACGUACUUUUUUGGCUUCUUUGUGUACAUGUGGAACGCAUUGCCCAAGUAUGGCAUUAUGUCAGAUGAAGAGGUGGUGGAGUACAGAGAGUGGCUGCGCAGGCGAGAGGAAAGUGUGGCAGAGGUAAAACGCAUGGAAGAGGAAGUCAGGCGGGCGAAUACGAGGCUGCAGCUGAUGUUGGAAAAUGAAAAAAAUAUGAAAUUAGGGAAGUCGACCUACCAGUCCAGGAGGCCGACAAUCCGCAGGGAGGCUUACGGAAGCAAACAGGGAGACGAUGCACAGCAGUGGGGAACAUGA